CCCAUAGCCAUUCAUCCCUCCAAACACUUGAAGGGGAAGGAGUUACAUUCCUGACAUUUGCGUGCGGUUGCAAGUGUUGCUAUUGGUGGUUGCAGAUGGCCAGUUCGUUCCAGUCCAGCUGCUCGAUAACUUCACAGCCUAAAUAUGCCACUUACAGUUUGCAUGGAAGGGUUUGUCUGGUCACGAGGGCCAACUGUCCAAUGCGACGGGUCAUGCGCUCUUUAAGGGCACAGCCGUUUGCAUGCUCGUCAUCAGGACAGGAGUCCCCCUUCACCACAUCCGUAUCCAUUUUCGAUAGCUCAGACACUGCACCCCAACAACCGUCGCCGCCAUCCCCACGCGGACCCGGCGACCCAGCCGACCUAGCCGACCUCGUACGGCAAUUGGACGAGCUACUGCGUACAGCAGCGACGGCAUCCGACAGCGAGGCCUCUCGGCGCGCGGAGGCGGCUGCCAUUGCGUUAGCGGUUCGCGGCCGGGAGCUGGGGCUGCUGCGUGGGUUUGGAGCGGGCCGGCAGGUGCCCAAGCGGCUGUACAGCAUUGAGGAGUUGAGGUUGAACCGAAUAGAGGCGGAGAAGAUGCUAAGCCCCAAGGACACCUCGCUCAACUUCGUGCGCACAGUGGCGCAGGGGGCAGCGGCAGCAGGCCUGGCGGCUGCCACAUGGACCAACCAGUGGAGUCCGGGGGAGGUCCUGGCGGCGCUGUUCGGCGCUGUGCUCGUACUGGGAGUCGAUCAGGUUCUCAACGGCGGCGGCGGCGAGGCGCUGCUGGUGGACUGGCUGGGUCGGGUGCUGCGUCCCUCGUACGCCCGGCGUGUGGCGCUGCACGAGGCGGGGCACCUGCUGGUGGCGUACCUGCUGGGGCUGCUGCCGCGGGCAUACACGCUGGGCAGUCUGGACGCAUUGCUGAGGUAUCGCGCCCUCAACAUCCAGGCGGGCACGCGGUUCUGCGACACCGAGUUCGCUGCGGAGGUGGCGGGUGGCAAGCUCAAGGCCAGCAGCCUGGAGAGGUACACCUGUGUGGCGCUUGCGGGAGUGGUAACGGAGUACCUGCGCUUCGGAGUGGCGGAGGGCGGACUGGGGGACGUGCAGCAGCUGGACGGGCUCUUCAGGGCGCUGCAGUUCAGCCAGAAGAAGGCCGACGGGGAAGUCCGUUGGGCAGUGCUGAAUUGCGCCAGCAUGUUGCGACGACAUGUCCGACUACACGACGACCUCGCCCGCGCCAUGAGCGAUGGCAAAAGCAUAGGGCACUGUGUUGAGCUCAUAGAGCGAACGUUGGAGGGAUGUAACGAUAUUUGAGGCGCCAGGUCGGCAGUGACGCGGCAUAACGACUCUGGUCCCUUUCUUAGUGGGUCCCAAUUUUGCGUGUACUUACCAAUUGAGAUUUACAUGGUGUUUCAGUAUGCAUAGAGGCGCUGUAGCGUUAAGCUAAACGCCAGUAAUCACUCCUCAUUGGAAAGUGCUUAUUAUACGGAUAAACUUUGCCGGACAUAUAUUGAUCUGCUUUCAGUCGCAACGUCAACGGUGUUGUCGCCUGUAUACCUUCUAUAUAUAGGUCUACAGUUGUCGACAUCAACGCCAUACUUCACUUGCGCAGUCUUUGAUAACCAUGCAGCUGCAAAGGACUUUGCAGGCGCAUCAGCAGCAACGCCGUGGCGGCUGGGGCUACGCAUCACCGCAGCAUGCGUUUUCGCGCGUUCCUUGCAGGAGGCCUCAGGGAGUGGCUUGCCGCGUUGCCGCUGCUGAGGCGCCAACGCAAACCGCUUCCAUUUUGAACAAGGAAUUUGUAUCAAAUAAGGAGCAGUACAUGGCCCUGUACAAGCAAAGUAUCGAGGACCCAGCUGGCUUCUGGGGGGAAAUCGCUGAGCAGUUCCACUGGGAGAAGAAGUGGGAGCCCAACCACAUGCACUACAACUUUGACGUGCGCAAGGGCCCCAUCUCGGUCGAGUGGUUCCGCGGCGCCACCACCAACAUCGCCUACAACUGCCUGGACCGCCACGUAGCUGCCGGGCACGGUGAGGACGUGUGCCUCAUCUGGGAGGGCAACGAUGUGGACCGCGAUAAGACGCUCACCUACAAGGAGGCGCUGGAUGAGGUCUGCCGCCUGGCCAACUGGCUGCGCUCCGUGGGCGUGAAGAAGGGCGACUCGGUGGCGCUCUACAUGCCCAUGUUGAAUGAGCUGCCGCUGGCCAUGCUGGCGUGCGCGCGCAUCGGCGCGGUGCACAGCGUCGUGUUCGGCGGCUUCAGCGCCGAGUCGCUGGCGCAGCGCAUGGAGGACUGCAAGGCCAAGGUGCUGCUGACUGCCAGCGGUGUGAUGCGCGGUCCCAAGAAGAUCGACCUGAAGAAGAUUGCGGACAAGGGUCUGGACCUGUGCGCCAAGGCGGGGCACACGGUGGAGCAUGUGCUGGUGUACGAGAACGACAACGCCGUGCCCGCCGUUGACUGCCCCUUCACUGCCGGCCGCGACCGCUGGUGGCAGUCGGAGGUGGCGCAGCAGUCCACCAACUGCCCGGUGGAGUGGGUGGAGGCGGAGCACCCGCUCUUCCUGCUGUACACCUCGGGAUCCACCGGCAAGCCCAAGGGUGUGCUGCACACCACUGGCGGCUACAUGGUGUACGCCGCCACCACCAUGCGCCACGUGUUCCACCUGCAGCGCGGGGACGUGUACUGGUGCACCGCCGACUGCGGCUGGAUCACCGGACACUCCUACCUCGCCUACGGACCCCUCCUCAACGGAGCCACGCAGAUCGUGUUCGAGGGCGUGCCCACGCACCCCACCCCUGCCCGCUGCUGGGAGGUGGUUGCCAAGCACCGCGUGACGCAGUUCUACACGGCUCCCACCGCCAUCCGCUCGCUGAUGGGCUUCGGCGACCAGUGGGUGGAGCAGUGCGACCUCUCCUCGCUGCGCAUCCUGGGCUCCGUGGGCGAGCCCAUCAACCCGGAGGCGUGGCGCUGGUACAACCAGGUGGUCGGCAAGGGCAAGUGCCCCAUCAUGGACACCUGGUGGCAGACGGAGACGGGUGGCCACAUGAUCACCCCGCUGCCGGGCGCCUGGACGGAGAAGCCCGGCAGCGCCACGCUGCCCUUCUUCGGCGUGCGCCCCGCCGUGCUGGACGAGAAGGGCAACGAGCUGCAGGGCGAGUGCGAGGGCGUGCUGGCCAUUGCGCAGCCCUGGCCCUCCACCCUGCGCACCGUGUACGGCGACCACGAGCGCUACCAGUCCAACUACUUUGGGCCCUUCCCGGGGUACUACUUCACCGGUGACGGCUGCCGCCGCGACGCCGACGGCUACUACUGGAUCACGGGCCGGGUGGAUGACGUCAUCAACGUGUCGGGCCACCGCAUCGGCACCGCCGAGGUGGAGUCGGCGCUGGUGGCGCACCCCGCCUGCGCGGAGGCGGCGGUGGUGGGCUACGACCACCCGGUGAAGGGGCAGGGCAUCUACGCGUACGUGACGCUGAUGGAGGGCACUGAGACCAGCAAGGAGCUCAAGAAGGAGCUGGUGGCGGCGGUGCGCAACACCAUUGGCGCGUUCGCGGCGCCCGACGUGAUCCACUGGGCUCCCGGCCUGCCCAAGACCCGCAGCGGCAAGAUCAUGCGGCGAGUGCUGCGCAAGAUCGCCUCGAAGGAGGAGGACCAGCUGGGCGACACCUCCACCCUGGCCGACCCAGGGGUCGUUCAGGUGCUGGUGGACCUGCGCGGCAAGUAAAGGCAGCAGCAGGACGAGAGAGGAGUACUCGCUCGCUGCUUGCAUGCUAGAGCGACCUGAUGCCACCUGGGAACGUGGCCAUGUCGCUUGGCUGCAAGGCUGUGGACGAGGCUUGUAAAGUGAAGGGCAUGGAUGAGAACGGAUAAAGCGGUAUUCAUGUAAGCUGAGCUUGAUGAGGCUCUUGGUGGUUAGGUAGAUAUCCCGUUGGAUUGGUGUGGGUAUAUGUUUCGAAUGCUGCUGACGUGGCCUGGAGAAUUGCGAGUGAGAGAAGGCUUAGCAUGCGACGCGGUUGGUUCUCUCGUAAUGGUGUACCACCUGCUGCCGUCGGCUUGCCGUGUGGUAUGAUAAGAGACGACUAGAGAGACUCCCCGGUUGGUUUUUGGAAGAGGCCCUGAUGGCUUUAGGUGCGUCGUUGCCGCCAGCUUUUGGGCCUCUCAGCCACUCUCUCGGCGCUGUGGUUGCGCCGAGCGCUGUGGCAAGUUGGGCUUUGGUUUGCCUUGCCUUCCGGUGUAUCCAGAUUAUUUGCGUUUGUUCGGCGGACAGUGUGUGGCUUGCGCGUCCGCGUAGGAGCCGCUUUUUGAAUUUGGUUCGACUCCCCUCCGUGUUGUGCUACGUGUGUAUGGAGCUUGCGUGCUUCUCGAAAGAAGGUUAGCGCCCUGCUAACAGAAUAUUUACAAAAUCAGGUCACACGUCGGCAACAGGAUCUUUAUAAGCUCCCAAGUCGCUUCAACGCUCGCUUGCGGUGCCUACUUAAGAGUCACAUGUGUACGGAGGCUUCGGUGGUGAAUGCUCCGACGAAGGCACGGGAUGGGUGUUAGCUAUGGUUUAUUUCCUUUCCUCUGAGGACAUGAGGGAAGACCGUAAGGGGUUAUAUUCUUGCCGGCGUGUGGAUGGGUUGCUGCCGCUCGUGAGCCGGUGUGCAUCUAGUGGCUUGGGGUAUGGGAGCUGGCCUGCGCCUUGGGGCAGCGAGCGAGAGCGGGUGUAGUAGUGCUGUGUUGGAGCUGGCGUUGCGUGUUCCUCGAUUUAGGUGUAGUGGGCGGUUUAGGGUCGAUGCAUAUGACUGUGACUAGCGCUUGAUAGAGAGGGGUAGGGUUAUCUUGGGUUGCUUGCCGAGGUAAUGGCCUGCUUGGCUGGAGGGUGGGUGUGACACGGGCAACCGUACUUUUGGAUACCUCGGGUGAACAGCUCCAGUGGAAGUAUG